AUGGUAUUCAAGAACAAGGGCCGCACCGACGAGAGCUCGAUGGUAUCGAAGGCCCCCUCGUCAAAAUUCAUGAGCAAGUCCAGAUCGGACAACCCGCAAUACAGCACGAACUCGUCGGCCGGGCAUGACGGCGUGGCCAGGUACAGCGAGCAGGACGUCCAGGAGGAGUUCCAGCGCGUCUACACGCAGCUCGAGGUGCUCAGGGAGAGGAACAUGCGAAUGGGCAACCGCCAUCUGGCGUCGAAGAUCACAGCGAUGCAGGACGCGGCGAGGACGCACGACCAUUCCGCCCAUGCCGCCAUGUCGUGUGACCCCGUCGAGGACUCGUCCCCCGUCAAAACGAAGAGACCCAGCGUCUCGUUCGCCGUAUCCGACCGUCCUGAAGACGAGACCGCGGCGGGGCCGCGUCGCGAUCCUGGCCUCUUGCCUGGUCGGCUGGCCGGCGAGCCGAAAAAGCCUGGCGAAGAACCGAAGAAGCCCGGCGAAGAGCCGAGAAAGUCCGCGGACGAACCCGAUGCGUCCUCGCCCAAGGACGGCAAGGGCAAGGAAUCGAGAGCGUCGGCGACGGACAGCAAUGGGCGUUAUCUGAUGUCCGGCCAUGCCAGGACGCAUUCAAUUGUUAUCAAUUUGGACGAUAAGAGUAGAUUCACAGAUGAGAUUACCGUCUGA